AUGGAAGCCCCUCAAAAUCCUCGCUUUUCAACACCAGAAUUCUACCAAUUCAGCUCAGAUGAUGACGAUUUCAAGAGUGCUCGAGAGUCUCUAUCUUCUAUAAGCGAUGUAUCCGAAAACUGGACUGGUUUCUCUCCAGGAACCGCCGAAAACCCAAUUGAUGUUGAGAGCGCUCCGCCAGUAUCAUGCCCAUCCUUUAGCGAUUCAUUCGACGACGAGAUUGAAAUUCCUGCCCCCAAAACACUCGAUCAAAACGGCGAAAAACUUCAGUGGGAUUCUCUUGAUUUAGCCUUCGAGGCUCUACAAGCUUUCGCAAAAGAAAAUGGCUUUGCGGUGAAAAAACAUACUCGCAAGUUGCGCGAUGGUCGAGUUGUGAUGCAAUAUAUAAACUGUGUCCGAGGUGGACAACGCAACACCACUAAGGUGUCAACACCAAAUCGAAAAAGACGAUCGAAGAGCCUAAUUGCAGAGAAUCCUUGUCAAUUUCGGGCUUGUUUGAAGGAGGUGAACCAGACGAGACAAUGGGUUCUCGAAUUACUUGAAGGAUCGCAUAAUCACGUCGCCGCCGACGAAAGCAAAGUGUUUGCGGUACAUCGACGUAAUGCUCGAAAGGCCCAGCCUCGUAUCCUUCAACAAAUUCACGCGGAUGUUGAAGUAGGUAUCGAAACCAAGAGAUCAUGGCACUCCAUCAGAAAAAUGAAUCCUACCACUCCAAUCACUCUACAAGACGUGCGCAAUCAACGAUAUAGAUACUCUGCGGUUCUUGAUGAAGGUCUACCAGCAAUUCAGGCGUUAAUUCGAGAUCUUGACGGCGCGUUUGCUCAUCAGGAAGUUCUGGACGAGUAUAAUCAUUUAGUACAUAUACUCUUCUUUCAAUACUCCUCCUUACAGCUGCUUCGACGAUGGCCAUUUGCUCUAGCAAUUGAUUGCACUUACAAAACGAAUCGUCACGGCCUCUACCUCUGUCAAAUCAUUGGUAUGACGUCUCUUAACACCUCGUUCGUCAUUGGUCAAGCAUUUCUAAGCAAUGAAGACAAGGAAGCAUUUGUAUUCGUGCUGCGUUGGCUACGAGAGUUCUAUAUAAAGAUGAGUCUUCCUUCGCCGACAUCGAUAACGACAGAUAAGGCAGGAGGCCUUCUAGCGGCCCUUAAAGAGGUCUGGCCACAGAUUCCGCACUUAAUUUGCGUCUGGCACGUCAACAACGACGUUGAAGCGCAUUGUAAAGUGUUGUGGCGAAGGAAAUAUGACAAUCAGCAAGGUCAUAUGUCCGCCGCGGAGAGAAAGUCUCAAGUCGACAAUAUGUGGAAGUCUCUACUCGUCGAUUGGCGCCAGGUUAUUUACGCGACUUCAGAGAUCGAGUGCGACAACGCAUGGGGAAAUCUUUACACCAAAUGGAUAGAGGACAAUAAAGAGGUCGUCGUCUAUCUCAGAGACACUUGGAUGAGUUGUAAAGAGCGAUUUUGCGAGGCGUGGACAUCGUUUUUUAUGCAUUUCGGGAACGCGACAACAUCAAGAGUUGAGAGUAUGCAUAAAGCGGUGAAGAGCGAUUUGCCGCAUAGACAAUCGCACCUCCGGGGUGCGAUUAGAACUUUUCAGGCCUACAACGAGCGUCUGAACGAGCAAACUGAGCAUCGCCUCGCUGACGAGCGAAUUAGAAUCGAUUUACGACUUCGUCAUGACAGCGUCUUCUUCGGCCUUCAUACCAGGAUUUCCUCAUUUGCUCUAAAGAAGGUGUUAGAGCACGUCGAGUAUUUCAAGCGACAACCAUUUGCUGGUAUCGGUUGUUGCACAAAUCGCUUUACUCGUCAGUGGGGUCUCCCUUGCGCUCAUCUUUAUCAUCAAAGAAAGGCCCUUCGUGCCUCUCUAGAAAUCGAUGACUUUCAUGCUCAAUGGCGUCUUGAAACCCUCAAAAAGCUACCGCCAAUUGACCCUCUAUAUCUACUGAAAGAUCCGGUAAAGGUAAGAUCACGCCUCGAGGCAAAGUCAAAUAAACGUGAAUUAUCAUUGGUUGAGGUGGUGCGUAAUGAGGGUCUCUCCGUAUCUACUCAAGACUCUCAGAUGAACCAAAUACUACCUAAUCAACGCCGGAUUACCAUAGAGUCUUCUCAACAAGUAUCGACGACGACUUCUAGUCUUUCCUCACGACAAGAAGAGGCAUCAGAAUCUCGACCUCGUAUAACGCACCACCCGGCCUCUAUUGAGACGAUAUUAAAGCCUCUAGACGACUUAACACCUCUUCCGUUAUAUCACAUCUCUAUGGGUGACGACAUCGAACUAGGAGGCUUUCGUAUGGCCUCGGAACUCGUGAACUGGGAGCAAUAUCACGGACUAGGCGGUGCAUCAUUCGCUCGUCAGUGGAAGAAUGAAACAGCGUGGUGUCCAGACCCUCAGGCUUUUAAACAUCGUCCUGAGGAGAAUUUCGAGUGGUCAAGCGACGAGGAGGACUACUUUGCAGAUUUAAAGGAUGACAGGAUUGUUAGUAAGUCGGCCAGGAACGAUUUACUAGCAAUUCGUAAGAGUAUCGUGCUGAAUCAGUUGUGGCUACAAGACAAAAGGCGGAAAUAUGGGGCCAUCGAUCCACGACUUCUUGAAACGUCAGAAUCUACAACUGUGAAUCCUGAUGUUAACCACCACCUUGAGGAGCCUUUCGAGACUGUUGUGGAGCCCCAGCAAAGUCUACGAAGGUCUUAUAGGUAUCGUAGACGCAAAAGGCACUUCGAUGAACUAGAUGAGAGCAAUUGA